AUGGCUUCGAUUGAAUUAAAUCAAUAUAAAGAUGUAAUAUUUCCUAAUCUUGAUGUUUCGCAAAAGGCCAUUGUUGAUAUACUUGAAGCUUUUCGACAUUUAAAAGAAUCACAUAUCAAAAUUUCUGGCAGGAAUAAUGAUGUCAAGAAAUUAGAUAAGUCAAGUAGUAAGUUUAAUGAUUUAGUUGUUAGAAUAGCCAAAGGGUCUUUAAAAAAGUCAAUGGAUUUGAAGGAUUUCACAGAAUACUUUAAGAUGCUUACAGAAGAUAAUGUUACUUCCAAUGAUUUGUUGCAAACAUUAUUAGUACUAAAGGAUAUGGCAAAGCAGAGAAUUAGUGACUCUGAGGAAUUAAAAAAUGACUUUGAACAAUUUAAAACAUCCAUCGCUGAAAACAUUAGUCAAUCAUCAAAAAGUUUUGGUGAUAGUGAUGUGGAGCUAGUACAACGAAAUCAAUUAUUACAAAUUACAGAUGGUAGCGUCACUUUUGGAUAUUGUGCUUAUUACCAUAAAAGAAUAUCUAGGAAAUGGAACCAUUUAACUGGACUUAAUAGGGAGAACAGCAUCACUAUAAUGAAUGAUGAAAGGGAACAAAAAAAAAUUCAGAAAUAUGAAGAAAAAAUAUCCACAAAAUUGCCAGUAAUUUUAACACAUUUAGAGACAUUGGUACAGUUUUGGAAGCAACAAUAUGAUAUUUUUGAGUCGCAUAUCAAUGUAUUGCGAUCGAUGGAUAGAAAUGUGAAUCUUAGUUUACCAAAAAAUUUAACAGCUGGAAUCAUUGAGAGGUGUACAGCUGAAGAGAUCAACUGCAAAGAAUUUCAUCAGAUGUUAAAUGAUAGUGCUUUUAAAAAUUCUUUUAUACGUUUAGAUUAA